AUGGAUAGCCAGUUUGAAAGUAAAAUCCGGUACAGGAAAGGCAGAAAUGAAUUUGACUUUAUUUUACUUGAUCCCCCAUGGGAGAAUAAGUCUGUUAAAAGAAAGAAACAAUAUUGGACAUUGGAAAAUGAAGAAUUAUUUAAAAUCCCAGUUCCUGAGUUAACUGCCACUGGCUGUGUUAUUGGUGUGUGGGUUACAAACAAGGGCAUUUGUAAUGAAAGAACUAUCUUACCUGCAUUGUUUAACAAUGACAAUCUACCAUUACAUAUGACACUGAUGAGCGUGCCUAGUAGUAUUCAUUCUAUUCCAUUACGAGAUAUUAUGAAACCUUAUCUUCCAGAAACUCCAAAUUGUUUGGAAAUAUUUGCCAGGAACUUGACGCCAGGUUGGUGUUGCUAUGGUAAUGAGGUGUUUAAACAUCAGCAUAUGGAUUAUUUUGAAGUUUUUACCAAAGAUACUAUAAUUCCAUUAUACUCUGAUAUGAAAUAA